ACAGGGCUAUGCUUUUUUACACUUUUCUUUCUUUUCUGUAUAAAUUCUCCACCCCUGCACCAGGUCAUUUCGAACCUGACAUUUUUGUUCAGUGACAUCUCAUACUGGUGAAGCAGGGUUUCUUGUUUUCAGUUAUGAAGCUCUCACAUUUAUAUCAUGCUCUCUUUGUGUUAGAGAUGUGUUUCUCACUUAUAAUGGUGUUAUGUAAUCCAGUGUCUCUAAAGGAAAACCUGGAUUCAUCUCCAUUCCCCAGUAGUUUCCUCUUCGGAACAGCCUCUUCAUCUUAUCAGUUUGAAGGAGCUUACUUGAGUGAUGGCAAAGGCCUGAACAAUUGGGACCUGUUUACUCAUAAGCCUGGAAAUAUUAUGGAUGGAAGUAAUGGAGAUGUUGCUGUUGAUCAUUACCAUCGAUACCUGGUAACCUUUUUUUCUCCUGCUAUAAGCCUACUUCAACUAGCCCAACUCUCUAGAAUUCCCAAGCAUGUAAAGAUCCUGAAGCUUCAAAAUGGACUGUAUACUCUUCAAAUAUGUAGCAGAUUUGCUUCAGAAAAGAACCAUGAAAUUGGCUUCCCUGUUAGGAAACACUCUUUGUGGCAAAGCCAUGAAUCUGUGGUUUAGAUUUAUGUCAUAGUCAGAUUGGAUUCCUCCAAAAUGAAUAAAAAAAGAGCAACAAGCCAAGAAGAAAAGAGGCAAAAAAUGUGUUUGGCAUGCUUUUACAGACACGUGUUUCAUAUUCUCAUUGAAGGAAAAAAGCCAGACUAUUCGUCUGUUUCUUGAUGAAAAUUUAGUAACUGAUGCUUUUCUGCUAAAGGUAAAUGCAUUUGGACAGAGAAAAAUAAUAGCCCCUGUCGCAGAAUUUACAGUGUUUAAGGGGCUGGAAAUCUUUGAUCUAACAAAAAAGCAAACAGAUUGGAAGUUACAGGAACUACUCUGUAUAUGAUUCUAUUGCCAAAAUUCUCAAUACAAAAUGAUGGCAAGGGUGAUGAUUAUUCUGGUUUCUAAUGAUGAUGAAACAGGAAGAUUUGAAUCUCAUGAAUUACAUUGGGGUCAAUAGCUACCGCUUCUCCAUUUCAUGGGCAAGAAUCCUACCGAAGGGAAGAUUUGGAAGUGUUAACAAGGCUGGCAUCAAUCACUAUAACAAACUCAUUAACAGUCUUCUGGUUAGAGGAAUCAAACCCUUUGUGACUUUGACUCAUUACGACAUUCCUCAAGAACUUGAAAACAGAUAUGGGGCAUGGCUAAGUCCCCAAGUGCAGGAAGAUUUCAAGUAUUAUGCAGAUAUAUGUUUCAAACAUUUUGGAGAUAGAGUGAAGUACUGGGUAACCUUCAAUGAACCUAACGUUGCAGUAAUCCGUGGUUAUAGAUCAGGACUUUACCCACCUUCUCGUUGUUCAAGCUCGUUUGGGAAUUGUAGCAGUGGCGAUUCUGAGAAUGAGCCUUUUGUUGCAGCCCACAACAUCAUCUUGUCCCAUGCUGCUGCCGUUGAUAUUUACAGAACCAAAUACCAGAAACAACAAAGAGGUAGCAUUGGCAUUGUUAUGAAUGCCAUCUGGUAUGAACCUAUCAGCAACUCCUUCGAAGACAAACAGGCAGCUGAGAGAGCUCAAUCUUUCUACAUGAACUGGUUCUUAGAUCCAAUCAUAUUAGGGAAAUAUCCUCUAGAAAUGCAGGAAAUUCUGGGGUCCGAUUUGCCUGUAUUUUCAAAUCAUGAUCAGAAGAAGCUGAAGAGUGGACUGGAUUUUAUUGGUGUUAAUCACUAUACCUCUUUCUACAUUAGAGACUGCAUGUUUUCUGUGUGCGAACAAGGACCCGGAAGUUCUAAGACAGAAGGCUUUGCCUUAAGAACCGCACUUAAGGAUGGGAUCUUCAUAGGUAAAUCGACUGCAGUUGACUGGCUUUAUGUUUAUCCUCAAGGAAUGGAUAAGAUAGUAACAUACAUAAAAGAGAGGUACAACAGCAUACCAAUGUUCAUUACAGAAAAUGGGUUUGGUGAGAACGACAAGUCGGAUAGCCCAACUGAAGAGUCACUCAAUGAUGUCAAUAGAGUGGAAUACAUAAGUGGCUACUUGGACACCCUGGCAGCAGCUUUGAGGAAAGGAGCAGAUGUUCGAGGCUACUUUCUCUGGUCCUUGCUAGACAAUUUCGAAUGGACAUCAGGAUAUACAAUUAGGUUUGGCCUUCACCAUGUUGACUAUGCCACACUCGAGAGAACUCCUAGAGCUUCAGCAAUUUGGUACAAACAGUUCAUUGCCAACCAUACAAGCCCACAGGAGUUUAGUGCCUAAACAUGAUCCAGAGAAUCAACAAAGACAAUAUUUCAGAAGCAAACUGGGCAUCUGGCAGAGCAAUUCUGCAUUGUUUGGAAAGGCUUCUGCUCCGUAAGGCUUUAGUGAUCUAAGUUUACUGCAAUGUAAUUAGAAGCAUAUCAGUACAGUUCAGGUGGUAUCAGCAGUUCUUCCCAGUUGGGGUUGUAGCUCCAUAACCAAUAUGUUGAAUAUUAAGCAUCAGAAAGUUAUAAUGGAUGAUGGGUUUUCUGGCUGAUGAUUUGAGUACUCUGUAAAUUACUAAAUAAUCAAUUCAUGGUAAAUUUCAAAAUUCA